AUUUUACAUGCAUUUUGACCAUGGGAUUAUCUGCCUAUAAUUGCAGUAUCACAUCAAUCACAGAUGGUAUGAAGAGUCAGUAGGUUUUCUUGCAAUGUAUUGCCAUUUUACAGUUUAAUGUAAAAUUGUGUAUUUUUCAUUAAGCAUGGCCUAUUUGUAUCUGUCUAAUCGUCAAAAUCGAGACCUCCCUGCAGCAAAAUAACACUCAGGCAGUGUGGUUUUCUUGGCCAUUUUCUUGUUGCUCUAAUCCGGUAUUCAAAGAACACAGGUUCUCGGGGUUGUCUCUGAUGCACUGUAUCAACCACAUCUCAAUCAAGAUAGUCCUUAAUGCUCUCUGAGCUCAGAGGAUGCCUGAUGCAGCGGAGCUGACCAAGCAGAAUCCUCUGCUCUCGGCAGCAUAUAAAGAGAGCAGAGACCGAGGCCAGGCAGAAGACUACACCUGUGCACUUGGCAAAAGGAAACCGGCACAUAGGACCAUUUCUAGUCAACCUCUCUACACAGUCACCAUUACCACCACGGAGCUUCAUCUACAAACCAUCGCUGAAAAGAUGCUGACAGCCUUGCUCCUCGUCCUGAUUGUUGCGUUUGCCAGUGGAGCCCCCGCCUCUGGCGAACCUGAAUGUAGGAAGCUGCGCCAAGUCAUUGAUAGUGUGAUGGAGUGGAAGAAGUCUGGUGUGGACAUGCUGCUGUAUGUGGAACACCUUAAAGAGCAACAUCAGCAUGAAGUGGUUUGUAAGAAUGAAACUUUAUGCAAAGCUAAGGUGAUCCUGGAAAAAAAACUAAUCGAAAAAGUUUUAAAUGGUACACACGUGGACAUAACCAUCAGGGCUUUGGACGUCUACAUUGGCCAUCAAAAUGACUGUCACAAUAUGACGCUUCAGAAUCCGGCUGAGGAGAAAAAACUGACACAUUUCCUGGACGAUGUGAAAAAGUGUGCCCAACAACUGUUUCGUAGCUGCUCCACCAGGCCCUAGUCCUUGUUUAUAUUUAAUGCCAGUUGUAGCAGUGAAACUAAAUUUGCAAGUGUUUUUGUACUUCUAAUUUAUAAGAAAAGUUUUUGGAUUUUGAUGAUCUUUCUGAAAGUCUGUAUUUAUAUAUUUCUGAUUAAAUUGUUUACAGCAAUAAAAGUUUAUCUAAAAUGUUUUUGAAA